AUGGUAGAGCUGGAGAAGGAGGUGCUGCCACUGCCACCCCGGUACCGGUUCCGAGACCUGUUGCUUGGGGACUGGCAAACAGAUGACAGAGUGCAGGUAGAGUUCUAUGUGAACGAGAACACAUUCAAGGAACGACUCAAGCUCUUCUUCAUCAAAAACCAAAGAUCCAGUUUGAGAGUGCGACUGUUCAACUUUUUCCUGAAGGUUCUGAGCUGUCUCCUCUACAUAGUGCGAGUGCUUUUGGAUGAUCCUCGAGAAGACAGAGAAUGUCCUGGCUGUCUCAAACAGAACGCCUCUGUCCAGAACAGGAGUCACUUUGACUGGUCCCUCAUUAUUUGGGUGAACAGACCUCUUCCUCUUUGGGCACUACAGGUGCUUGUGGCAUUUAUCAGCUUCUCAGAGACCAUGUUGCUGGUAUACCUCAGUUAUAAGGGCAACGUCUGGGAGCAAGUGUUACGCAUUUCAUUUGUUCUGGAGAUGAUCAGCGCCGUUCCCUUUGUCAUCACUGUGAUUUUGCCCUCUCUCAGAAAUCUGUUCAUCCCAGUCUUUCUGAAUUGCUGGUUGGCCAAGCAUGCCCUGGAGAAUAUGAUAAAUGAUCUGCACAGAGCCAUUCAGCGCACACAUUCAGCCAUGUUCAACCAGGUCCUCAUUCUUAUCAGCACCCUGCUUUGCCUCAUCUUCACAUGUAUUUGUGGGAUCCAGCAUCUGGAAAGAGCAGGGAAUAAUUUAACUCUGUUUGACUCUCUAUACUUCUGUGUGGUCACUUUCUCCACGGUGGGCUUUGGUGAUGUCACUCCUCAGAUCUGGCCCUCUCAGCUGCUGGUGGUCAUUAUGAUCUGUGUGGCUCUCAUUGUGCUCCCAAUACAGUUUGAGCAGUUGGCCUUCCUGUGGAUGGAGAGACAGAAAUCGGGCGGGAACUACAGCCGUUACCGGGCGCAGACGGAGAAGCAUGUGGUGCUGUGUGUGAGCUGUCUGAAGAUUGACCUCCUUAUGGACUUUCUGAAUGAGUUUUUCGCUCACCCCAGACUGCAGGACUACUACGUUGUCAUCCUGUGUCCGGCAGAGAUGGAUGUUCAAGUGCGCCGGGUGCUUCACAUUCCCCUGUGGGCCCAAAGAGUAAUUUACCUCCAGGGUUCGGCCCUCAAAGAUCAGGACCUGAUGAGAGCCAAAAUGGAUGAUGCAGAAGCCUGUUUUAUCCUCAGUAACCGAUUUGAAGUGGACCGCUUCGCCGCCGAUCAUCAGACAAUUCUCAGGGCCUGGGCCGUGAAGGACUUCGCACCAAAUUGCCCACUCUAUGUCCAGAUCCUCAAACCUGAGAAUAAAUUUCAUGUCAAGUUUGCAGAUCAUGUGGUGUGUGAGGAAGAAUUUAAGUAUGCCAUGCUGGCUCUCAACUGUGUGUGUCCAGCUACUUCAACCCUGAUCACCUUAUUGAUCCACUCUUCAAGAGGACAGACGGCACCUUCAGAAGGCUUCAGGCAGAGAGCUGGAGCCUUUCAGCCUCUCAACAGGGAAGGCGGAGCCAGCUCAGCUGACGAAUGGCAGCGUACCUACCGUCGCUGCUCAGCGAAUGAGGUGCAUCACAUUCGUUUGGAGGAGAGCAAGUUUUUUGGGGAGUACCAGGGAAAAAGCUUCACCUUCGCCUCUUUUCACGCACACAAGAAGUAUGGAGUUUGUCUAAUUGGAGUGCGGAGGCUUGACACGACUAAUAUCCUGUUAAACCCCGGCCCCUGCCACAUCAUGGGGGCUUCAGACACCUGUUUUUACAUCAACAUCUCCAAGGAGGAGAACUCCGCUUUCGUCAGGGGCCACAGAGAAUCCAUGAGGGGACCCGGCGGAGACAGCAGGGGUGUUCCUCAAACCAUCUACCACGGUCUUACUCGCCUUCCAGUGCACAGCAUCAUAGCCAGCAUGGGUACUGUUGCUAUAGACCUGCAUGACUCCAGUGACAGCAGCCCGGAGGGCACGGGCGCGGGGGGGAUGGCGCUAAGUGGCGGGGGCACGGGGAGAAGCGGGAGCAAGACGGAACUGAGCGGGAGCAACACCCUGGCGCUGCCGGCCAUGGCCGACUCGGCCGAGGAGCGAAGGCACAGCAUCGCCCCCGUCUUGGAACUGGUGGAUGGGGUCAGCAGCCCAACAUUUGAUUUGCUUGGCGACCAAUCAGAGGAUGAGGGUGGAGAGGAAAGCAAAGAAGACGGGGGUGGAGAUCAGAAAGGCCAGUGGUGGGGGACGCACUGCGAGUGGGUGAAAGGCUAUCCCCUGAAUUCGCCCUACAUAGGUAGCUCCCCUGCCCUGUGCCACCUCCUGCAGGAGAAGAUGCCUUUCUGCUGCCUACGCCUGGACAAGGCGUGUCAGCACAUGCCGUAUGAGGACGCCCGGUCAUACGGUUUUAAAAACAAGCUGAUCAUCGUGUCCGCUGAGAGCGCUGGUAACGGCCUUUAUAACUUCAUAGUGCCCUUGCGCGCAUACUACAGACCUAGAAAGGAACUCAAUCCAAUAGUCCUUCUUCUGGAGAGCAUACCUGAGGCAGACUUCUUAGAGGCCAUAUGCUGGUUCCCUAUGGUUUUCUACACAGUGGGCUCCAUUGAUAACUUGGACAGCCUUCUACGUUGUGGGGUCACGUUUGCUGACACUAUGGUGGUCGUGGAUAAAGAAAGUUCCAUGAUUGCUGAGGAAGACUACAUGGCAGACGCCAAAACAAUCGUUAACGUUCAGACCCUGUUCAGGCUCUUUCCAGCACUGAGUAUAAUCACUGAACUCACUCAUCCUGCCAACAUGCGCUUCAUGCAGUUCAAAGUCAAAGACCACUAUUCAUUGGCUCUCUCCAAACUUGAAAAGAAAGAGAGAGAGAGAGGUUCCAACCUGGUCUUCAUGUUUCGUUUGCCCUUUGCUGCUGGAAAAGUAUUCAGCGUCAGCAUGUUAGACACCCUUCUGUAUCAGUCUUUUGUGAAAGAUUACAUGAUCUCCAUUACCAGGCUGCUGCUGGGUCUGGACUCUAUGCCUGGUUCAGGCUUCCUGUGUGCCAUGAAGAUAACUGAAGAGGAUCUAUGGAUUCGUACCUAUGGCAGGUUAUACCAGAAACUGUGCUCUUCUACCGGGGACAUUCCCAUCGGCAUCUAUCGCACAGAAGCACAAAAACUACCCGUCUCAGAGUCCCAAGUGUCCAUCACCGUGGAGGACUAUGAAGACACUCGUGAGCCGCGGGAACCGUUGCUUUGCCGCUCUGGCCCGCACCGCAACUCCACCUCCUCGGAGCCUCCUUCGUCGUCUUCUUCACACUCCUCCGAUCACCCGCUUCUGAGGCGCAAGAGCAUGCAGUGGGCACGGCGGCUGAGCCGGAAGGGAGGCAGGGGUCCGGGUGGGGCUAAGGGACCUGGCAGCGCAGCCGAACGCAUCAGCCAGCAGAGACUCAGCCUGUUCCGCCGCUCAGAGAGACAGGAGCUUAACGCUCUGGUGCGCACGCGCAUGAAGCACCUAGGCCUCUCGCCAUCUGGAUUCAGCACAAUGGCAGACCAGGGCAACAGGCUCUCAUACAUCCUCAUCAACCCCUCUCCUGACACCAGGCUGGAGCUCCACGAUGUUGUGUACCUGAUUCGGCCAGACCCCCUGUCUCUGGUGCCUAACCAGGGAAGCAACCGGAAGCCCAGCGCGGGAAGGUCAGAGGGCCACAGAUUUGACACGCAGGACAGCACCCAUUUGUGA